AUGGAUCAUCGAGGAGAGUGGAUUGAAAGUGACUGUGGAACCCAAAGAAGUUUCGUUUGUCAUGGAGAGAAUGAGGCAGUACAUAAUCUGUCUCUAUCACAAAAUGUGUGGAUUGGCCUCUUCAAAGAUUCUUGGAAGUGGUCUGAUGGGAGCAAGACAUCAUUCCGUUACUGGAAACCCAGUCAGCCUAACUACCUUAGUGGGCAGAAUUGUGCCAUUGAGGCCACUGGGAGGCAGCAGUGGGUAGGCUUGCCUGAGACAGAAAAACUGAAUUUCAUCUGCUACGCAUGCACUGGAUGA